AGUUGAAUUUCAUCACAAGUUCACGUCUUCAGCUGUCAACGGAGGACUGAGACAGCAGCGAAUGGAGUCAAAGAUGCCGGGAGUGGCCGGAGACAAUGCGCUGAGGUGAAACGAGAGAAGUGGAGAGUGUUUGGGAGCAGAGUUGCAUGCGCGUGCCCACGAGGCAUGUGCUCACUUCGAUUCAUCCCAUAGAAACCGGAUUGGGGACAGAUAAUUGGCCGCACGCGCCAUCCAUUUCCGAUGGUAUUGUUGCAUUUUCCCUCGAUCCGUGGUCUGUUUGUCUCUCCCUCGCUCCCUCCCUCCCUCGCGGGAUGCUGGCGACAUACAGUGGGUUCCCUGCGCUGCGCUGCUUUGCCUCGUCUCGUCACACACUGACCCCAUCGUCGAGACGAGUGGCAUCGAAUCUUGUAAGAAAAUGAUGAAUUUCAAUUAUCUUCGGGACACCUCGGAUUCCAAAACCCUCUUAUCCCAAAACCCUGCUCGAUCCGCUCAUUCGCUCAAUUCGGACUGGCAAAUGUACCCCGGCCCUUUUGCUUUUCUUCAGCUGCCUUGGCCGCUUUAUUGCUGCAAGCAUGGGAUUUGUCGGGAUUUUCCCCACGCCAUGACCGGAGGAGGGAGAUGUCUGCUGUAGGCGUGAGAUCGUCGAGUCACAGCUCUGUGCGAAGGAGGAGGAGGGGGAGGAGGCAAGGAGAACGAGGCGCAGGUCCAGGCGCAAUGGGAAGGACACGAAUGUCGGUCGCAGAGACGGGGAAAUCCUAGCAGCGAUUCGUGCACACGUAGAGAGUUGCCGGUGAUGUGGCCGUGCGGAUGGGGAUUGGAGACAUCGUGGCCCAUGUGGUGGCAUGGGCCAAGAGCAUUCGCAGUCCCGACUCUCGGCCCGAUGAAGCUGCGACAGAAGCAUCGCCUGCGAUGAAGGAGGGGCUGGACGCUGGGAUCUGCUCUUCAACUUCUGCACAUGUUUGCUCGCCCUCGCCAGCAUAUCCGCGCAAGCUGCCAGACUCCCCUUGAGCACAACUCUCCUCUUCCCCUCUCGCUCCGUUCCAUCAGUCGAUGCCCCUUCGCCUUCGCCAGCGCCUCCCACGUAUUAUAUAAAUGCCCAGUGGCCAUUUUGUUAAGACAGAGGAUCACGCAGAGCUGGGAAGCCAUAGGGUUCAGAGCUCUGUCGUGAGGAAAGACUUCUCUGAAAUUCCGAGUAUUGAUCGAUCGACUUGCAGAUUGAGAAGAAGACCGACGCGAGAACGAGAGUGGAAUCCGCAAGAAGCAGCAUUAGCGGAAAUAUCUCGCGGAAUGGGUUGCUUCUUCAGUAAGAUGGGCAAGGGAGGGGACGAGAAGCAUAUCCCGUUCGAGAAGCGGGAGAUUGACAGUGGAGGAGGCGCUCACGGUGGACCGGACUUCGAUGGCAAUGGGGCCUCGUCUUACAGGGAUAAUGAACCACAAAGCGCCCGCCCUAGUUCAGCUAGAGCUCCGGAGCCAGGAAGUGCACGACCGUCCUCCGCUAAGAGAGAUUAAUGGAUCGAUGCGCACGACUCGAUUGAUCAAGUGAUUGAUGGAUUGAUACGCACGAGUAACCUCAUUCAGUUUGGCAGUUCAAACGAAGUUUGCUACUCUUCUAUUGCACGAUAGGGAAACCUUUUGAUACUUGUGGAGAUCCUCACCCACCCGGUGAGUUACCACGAGACGUGAGAAAAGCUUCCAUGCUCAAUACAUUUUUGUGCGUAUGUGGUUUUCUCUUUCAGAGCAGGAUAAAUUUGGCUGGGUGGCUUUGGGGUGGACCAGAUCCUGCUAUGGAGUGAGUCUGGGAGGUCUGCUGCACUUUAUGGAACAGAGCGGGGCAUGGAAUGAGGGCGAUCUCCAGCCAAAGCUGUAAGAUUGUGUCAGGUGUUUUGGUGCGAUACACAUCGACACCAUUCGACUUCACUUUGUAUAACCUGUAUAACAAUAUAAACAUUCAACCGCUUCUGCUUAAGAGUCACAUAGGGAUUCUAAUUGUCAUUCAUUAGUUCCUUGUAAAAUUCCUACUACAAGGAGCCACAUAUUUGGUCGACAUUUGUUACCGUAGUGUAAGAUGUUAGAUAAAGGUGUCGAGCUGCUUUCUAGUAGUUCUGGCCUAGCAUAGCAGACUGACACAAGGCAUGUCAAGUUCUAGUUAGAUUCACCGAUUUUGCAACUAUGAAUAAGAAGGCACCACGUUGCCUUGUUGCACUUGCAACUUCCUUUUCUCACUUGUUUCUACAUCUUGUCUCUCUUUCAUGAGCAUAUCAACUUUCCCCAUGCAUCAUUUAACACUUCCUCUCCUUGAGCAUGUAGCGCCUGUGACUAGACUCUCCACCACCAUUUCUAGAUGCUUGUACUUCUAGGUCUCUGAUGGAAGCUUACCUGAUCAAAUUUUCUUGGCCAUGGGUAGUACCCAUUAUAAGGCUGCUGUUCAACUUCAGCUGUGUUGGUUUGGAC